CUUCAGGUCUCCACUAAUGGAGUGAAAAUACAGUUUCUCUGGAGCUUAGAAGUAGCAAAAGGUUAAAUUGGCGAAAUCAAGCAGCCAACACAGACCGAGGACAGACACACGAACAGGAGCGUGCAGAAAUGUCUCCCUUCGAAAAUAAAGGACUCCUGCUGGGUAUAAUGGCAGGGACUGCUGGAUUAAGCCUGGUGGUGGUUUGGUACCGCAAGAUCCGAAAACGUGGGGCAGCUGUGCGUGUACGUGCGUUCCAGGGUAUAGGUAACAGACUUAACUCUGUGGGCUUGCAAAAUGAGGCUCCUAAUGAGCAAGGAGCGGUGAUGGUUUUACAUGGGAGGCAACUGCAGAUAUUAGAAAAAUUGAAUGGCCUGCUACUAAGUGUGGACGAACUGAAGAGAGAGGUGGAAUUUCUGAAAGAAGCUAUUCCAAAGCUUGAAGAGCUUGUUCGAAAUGAGCUUCAAGGGAAAGGUGAUGUUCAGAGAGUUAGCCCGUCACACAGAGCAACAAGGCGGAGAAAAGCUGAGACAACUUCUGGUGCAAGAGAAACUACCAGCUCUGAGGAGGCGGAAAGUGAAGGAGGUUAUCUUACAGCUCAUACUGAUUCUGAAGGAGACUCUGAGGAAGAAAAGAGAUGUAUGAAGCCACCUGAUGCCAUGGUGAAAUCAGAAGAAGAAGAAGAGUUACUUAAUUUUUUACAACAGGUGGACAAUUUGCACAAGGGUUCAGAGGAUGAUAAAAAAAGGGGCUUCAGACUGCUGCUUGAGAAAGCUAACAAGUAUGAAAACUGUGUGGACUUUCUGUGGAGACUUGCACGUGCUUAUGGAGAUCUGUUUGAGAUGACUACUGAUGCUGAGGAGAAGAGGAACUAUGUUAUUGAUGGAAAGAUUAAAGCUGAAAAGGCUGUUCAGCUGGAUGAUGGGAGUGCUGAGAGUCACCAGUGGUUUGCAAUUAUGUGUGGCUAUAUGUCUCAGUUUGAAAGUGUACAAAACAAAAUCAGGAAUGGUUAUCUCUUUAAGGAGCAUCUAGACAAGGCGAUUGAACUUAAGCCUCAAGAUCCCUUUUUAUAUUACCUCAAUGGAAGAUGGUGUUAUUCAGUAGCUCAGUUGUCUUGGAUUGAAAAGAAGGUAGCUACUGCUCUCUUUGGGACUCCACCAACUUCAACAGUAGAAGAAGCACUGCAGAAUUUCCUUAAGGCAGAAGAAAUGCAUCCAGGAUAUUCCAAAUGCAAUUAUGUGUAUUUGGCAAAGUGCUAUAAAGAUCUUGGCCAGAAAAACAAUGCACUGAAGUACUGUGAUUCUGCACUGUCAAUUCUCUCAGUUACUAAUGAGUCUCUAUCUCUGCUCCUGAAAGCCGUGGUUUGUGAUUCUUGUCAAGGGCAGUAUGUUGGCUGCAGCAGAGGAAGAUGAGUUAUUCAAGGAUAAAGAGGCCCAGAAAGACUUAGAGGCUUUACUUCUCACUCUGAAGCUCUGAUACCGCCUACUUUUUAACUCUUCAUGCUGUAACAAAAUUGCAAAACUAAAAUGAGAAUCUACAGGGGCUGGAAACUGGAAGUGAAUUUCAGCUAAGUCAAUGGGAAAACAGUCAUUGAUUUUGGUUGGCAUGGAUCAUGGCCUUUAAGCAUUUGGCGAUUAUGAUAUGAAAAUAAUACACUGAUUUUUGAUUAUUUAUAAUCUUGUUCUGAAGUGUAAUUUUAGGUUGCUGACACUGUGAGUCUGAUUCUCUGAGCAUGAAGUCCACUGCUGGCAAUGGACAUACUGGGGAUUAGAAUGCAAAAUGCAUAAAUCUCACUCUUUGAAAGAUUAAUCAAUUAGUACGUGAUGCCAGCAUAGAACUGUGUAUAGCAUAAACAAACAAUGUUUCUAUAGUAAAUUAUAUUUAUAUCAACCAAUUUACACAGAUGUGUACAGAAGAAAAUCAUGAAUAUUUAUGUUUACACAUUUCUCUACUCUUAUAAAAUUAUAAUCUUGUUGAAGUUAAAGAAAGCUGUUGCCUCCACAAAACUCUUUUUACUUUAAACCUACUGUUCAUUUUACAUUGAAGGGGGAAAAUUUUAUAAAUUAAAUAUUAAAGCUUUAAUUUAUUUGUAACAUCAAGUACAAUAUUAAAGAUCAGACCAAUGAAAUUACGUGGUUUAGAUUAAUAUAUGUGACAUUUAAUGGAUUAGUAUCAAGACUUCAAGUUUGUGAAUGCUGGCUCUUUCUCUUUGAAGAGUUGCCUUGCGUGGUGGCAUCAGUGUGUCUUUGGAAAACCUAGUCCAACAUGUGUCCAUCAUUAGGCUUUUAUAUCAUUUAUGUAGCAUAACCUGUACAUAAAAAUAGACUACUUAAAGACCUACUACUUCUGUCUGUGUGUGUAGGACAGCAGUGCUUGCAAUAAAAUGUAACAGCUGGGGAAAGAAUUUCCAUUCACCACUGGACUGAUCCAGAAUUCACCAAAGUCUGUAAAAGAAUAAAAGCCAAUUUUCAUUGGCUUUUAAUUCAGGAUCUUAAUUUAGAUGCAGGGAAUGUAUCUGGAAUAAGUAUGCAUUUCUGUUAAAGGAAAUAAAAUUGGAUAAGGACAACUACAUAUUCCUGCGAUCUAUUUGAUGUGUAAGAUAACAUGGUUUAUGGCAAAAACAGGGAGAUCUUCACAAAUUGAAAUAUGCAUUUUAAUUGUUUUUAAUGUUUAUUCUGUGGAAAAAUAGUUUCUAUACAUCUUUCUCAAUUCAAGAAUGCUUUUAUUUUAAUACACAAUUUCAGAGAGAAGGGGAAAUACCAUGAAAGAUAAAUCCUAUCAAACAGUUUCUUCUGUGACAGAAUGUUUUGAUUCACACAGAAUAAUUGACUUGUGAACGUAGAAGCUGGAAAAGUGACACAAAAGACUUUACCAAAGGGGUUUUUGGUAAAGUCUGCUUUUGACAUUUUCAUAGCCAAUGUAGAAAGCAUAGUUUAAAUGGAUCUACAAGAGUUAUUUGUGCUAGGGUUGUUGUUAACAGUUCACUCUCACCUAGGAAGAUGUAAUAAGAAGGCCUUUACUUAAGUCAGUUUUAUGCUAAUUUAUAUACUUUAUAAAACAAAUUGGAUUAUGCAAUAGAUACCUCAUUUACAAGUAAUUAUUGAUUAUAAAGCCUGAAAGUGUAUCAGAGGAAUAGAUUACAACAAGAAGUUAUUUAAAUUAGUUGCUGAAAUUAGGUAACAUAAGUAGGAUUUGCUCUAGUAAGGGCAAAUAUAAGGUGUUGAAUUCAAGUAAAUAACAGAAAGAGGAUGGAGGAGACCUAACUAGUUAUGGCAAUUCUGUUGAAAAGGACAUGCGUAUUCCAGUGAAUGGCAAAUUAAUCAUGGGUCAAUAAUGUCAUGUUUUUGUGAAAAAGCAUAUUUCAUGCUAGACUGAAUAAAUAAGCAUAUCCCAUUAAAUUCACAUGAAAUAACCUUUUACUCUAAUUAGGCCUAAUAAGGUCUAAUGAGGUCUGAGCUGGAAUACUAUAUCUGGUUUCAGGCACCACACUUCACGGAGGUUGGGGGCUAGUUGGAUAGAGUCCAGUGGAGAGAGACAAGAAAGAUGAGAGUGCUAGACAAGAUUAUUUUGUAUGUAGAAAUUGAAAGAAUUUGGUGUGUUUAGUCUGUAGGAGCAAGGACUAAAGGAGUAUUGACAUUUUUAAAAAGCUAUUGCAGAGAAGACAGUAAAAAAACAACCCCAAACCUUGUUCUCCAAACUCCGUGUUCAUAGAACAAGAGGUAACUGCCUACCUUCAGAUUAAGCAUUAGGAGAAAAUAAUCCUGGCGAUAACUGUGCAAAGCCCUGCAAUACAUUUUCUGAGAAUAUUAUAAGAUCAUUCACUUAAAUUUUAAUAUAAAAGUUAAAUAAGACUUUAAACAUUGGCAGUGCUUUAGACACAGUUCAUCCUCUGGCAGAGGUUGGACUAGAUGACUUCUUAAGAUCCCUCCUGGCCUUGCCAUCCCUGGGGAGCGCAUGACUCCAGAUCCCUAUGAGCCACAGGCACUCCUGCUGGGGUUCAGAAGUUGGUGGGCUGUUUGCACACUCUGGCUCUGCAUUUGGGCCCAGACUAAGGAAUGAGUUUGUACUCUGAAACAUUUACCAGCAUGUUUCAAGACUUGAAGUUAAAGACAUGCAUCAUAUCUGCCCUUGACUUUAUUUAUCACAAAUGUGGUUUUAAUCCACAUUUUAAAUAAAAUUUCUGAUUUUAUAAAUUAAAUUACCCAUCUUUCUUUCUAGCCUUCUGAAUUAAACCCAUUCUUCUGUUUUAAUUUUGGCUCACUACUAGUCUAUGUGUGGAAUUACAAAGUAACAUCUGAGAGAGAAAAGGCUGGUUUUAAUUAUUCAUUCUAAGUUGUCUUUGAUAGUUCACAGAAAUAUUCCUCACACAGGUAAGACACUGCUGGUUUAUGCAGCUAAGAUAUUUUGUGCUUUUAACAGUUUUAUUAGUUAGUGUACAUGAGCAUUCUCAUUUUUUUGUUUCCACUUUGCUAAUCUGAGAACUUUUAAAAUUGAAGCAUGUUCCCUAAAUUGUUCCCUAAUUGCUCCUUGAAAUAAAGCUUUUGCAUUUAGUUGUAGGCCUAGGCUAUCUGUUCUCUGUGUCAUACCAGCUGGAGAAAAAGCAAGUAUAGCUCCAGAGGGCCAUAUGUUUUCUUUUUUCUUUAAAAUAUCUACAAGCAGACAGUCACUUCCGUAGUUUUGUCUCCAUGGAGGAACUAGAUUCUGUGAUUCUCUGAGUCUGUAUUAACCCCUGCAGGCUUUUAAGCCAUAUGGAACAGAUGGGACUACAGGCUUCCUGAAGCCAUGGUGCCUGGGCUGUGGUACCCACAACUCCUUCAGUUCUUCUACUGUGGCAUCUCGUUUGGUCUCUGCUCCAGUACAAACACUGUAAAUUACCUGGCAGAAUUUGUCUCUUUACAUACUUUUAAAAGGUGAGUUCUGGGGGCCUUGGUCUGGUACCAGGAUUCAUGUGCUUCAUUACAGUUAAAACUACUAGUUCUGCCUUCCUUGAUAAUUGACAUAAUUUUUAUUUCUUGUGAAGCUAAGUGUUCUGUCACUGAAUCCUGAUCCCUUUGUGAUUAUCUCCCUGCAACAGCAGGUAAUCAUGAAGCAAGUUAUAAAUUUUUUGUAGCAAUUGACCACAGACACAUUGUGGAAAUGGUUACAGUGAUACACUGUCAUACUACUUGUUUAAAUUACUCUCUUUUCUUUUGCUGAGUCGGGAUGAGAUACUCCUUUCUGUGUAGUAAUAUCAAUACACUGAUUUCUGAAUUGGGAAGCUGUCCAGCAGUGGUGAGUAGCUGAUGAUUGAAAGGGACAAGUCCUAUGUCCAAUUAAAAAAAGAAACCACCUAAAUCCACACCUACAACCCUGUUAUUAUGGUAGUAAAAGCCUGAACUAAAGAACCCCAAACAAACAGAAAAACAAAAAAACUAAACCAACACUGAAACCAAAGCAUCAAGAGAAGAAAUCCAUGAAAAAGUGGCUACCAGAGAUCCAGUCAUGUUCAACCCAAACAUAUCAGCUUAUCUGGAUCUACUUAUCUUCGGCCAUCACUACCUGAACACCUUCCACCUGAAGUACCUAGGAGUGUAGGGAGGUAUUGUGAAUUCCCGGAAGAUCCAUGGGUUUUCUGGAAUUUUCCUGGACAGAGUGUCCAACAGUGGUAGUGGAGGGUAGUCCUGUGGUCGGUGUUCUUUCUGCAGUGUGCACAACAGUGCAUUCCAUCUACUCCAAAUCACAAAAUCCUACGGUAAUGUGACAAAAUUGUAUUGCAGCAUUCAUCCAGUGCAAACUCAAGAAGGAGUAGCUCUGAAGGGCCAACAUUGUUGUUUGCUUUUUUUCCUCUGUACAUUCUUAUUUUCCAGCACUUCUGCUUCUUACAGACUUCCAAGUUCCUUGGAGAAGAAACAAUCAAACUGUCUUGACAAUACAAAAAGAAGUAAGCUUUUCUGGCCCUGUCUAUGUUUGUGUAACCCAUGCAUGUGUGAUGCUGGGAAAUGAAGCACUGAAACUAAGAAUGUGAAACAUUAAUAAUUCUUUUGGAGGAAAUAUUUUACUCAUUUCAUUAAAAUAAACAACCAGUUAUUCUAAAAGUA